ACGCACACCCGCCCUAACUUAUUAAAGUACUCUUAAUUCGACUCGUUCCAGCCGAUAACAAUGCAGCAAAGUUAUGCACGGCAGUUAGCGCGGGGAGGGGCGCCGCCAAUCUUCCGCACGUUGCAGUACAAAACCGAACUUCUUUGUAAGAACACCUCGCAAAACUUUGUCCCAAGUAAACUCGUGGAAACGCCGAAGUCCGCCGCCGGCCGGGCCCGCCGCUGCCCGCCUCGCUUGCCGCUCCGCGAUACCCCCCGACCCCGCCCCGCCGCGAUCGACAACGAUCCGCCUCCGACAAACAAACGGACAAGUUUUAAUGUUUUGCUCACAAAGUGUAUGAUUAAACGCGGAGAGCGGCGGAGAGAGCCGGCCGUAAGUUAUUGAUUUUCCCCGACCGAACCCCUGUCGACUACGCGGCUCGCCGUCCGGUGAGCGAGCUCUUCUCGGCGACGUCACUUGCUAACUCAUUCAAUAUCCAAGGAAAACUACUUUUAUACAUGAACAGUUUAGCAAAAUCACUUUUUAUAGGCCGUAAAAAAGUUUUAGUCGAACAUGCAGUGUGACAAAUAAGUUUUUCGGGAGGUUGUUAUGAGAAAAGUUGGGGGUUGCUGCGCAACUACACCGCGAGCCGCGCGAGUCGCGCACCCUACAACUUCACAUCGCUCUACGUUCCGAAGUUAACGCAAAGUUCCGCCAUUUUGGAACAUGCUCACAACCCACUUGUUUUAUGAAGAAACUUUUUAUUAAUUCCUGUGGGCCGCGGAGUGUCAGUAAGAUGUUUUGAGGUUAUACUGUUGGACGGAAGACGUUAUGCUGACUCGGAGCUGAUGUUUGAGGGCCCUGGGGACCGCGAGCUGGUUGACAGAGAGUGUUUGUGCCGAUUUGUGAUAUUGUUUUGAAGUGUUAUCAAGACUGACGUUUCCCGGAUGAUGCUCUUGUAAUUUGUGUUUACUUCUUCGCUUGUGAGGUGACGCUAAAGGUACUUUUUAGGAGCUCUGUCGCUUCGAACGCCUUGAUAAUGACAGGUGGACAGUGAAAAACUUUGUUUCGAUAGUUUUUCCGAAGAAUAGAAAGUUGUGAUAGUGAAAAGUUUUGAGACAAAAGUGUUUACGAGUUGGUGGUAACAUUAAAAGUGCAAUCAGUGCGCGUUGUGCCUUCGUUCCGAGUCAAACUGUCUGGAAAUCACCUGGAUAACGGACUGCAGUGAGACGACUCAUGAGAAAUAACUGAUAUAUCAUUAGAAUGUCCCGCAAGUCCCGGCAAGGGUACAGCAUCCGGCACCUUCUUCAGCUGCCGAAUGCGCCCCGCAGCCCGCCCGCCGCACCUCACCCCCCUGCGCCCUGUAUAAAGGCAUCCCUCCGGCACCGAAUGCCUUCACCGUCCGACCAAGAUGCACGUGACUGCGAUGAAGAAGAGGCUAACAAGAAACUGGAGGAUGGGAUAGUACACAAACGCUUUAGACCAUCCACUUCACAAAAGACGGCGCCGCUGAGCGCGCAGUCGUCGCUCGCGCAGAUCAACAAGAGGAGGCUGGAGUUCGGGGUGGAUGUAGAGUCGUUUAGGGUGGCCGACCGGAGAGUGGAGCGUAACAGUAGUGAGGGCUCGAUGGACGAGGAGGAAGUGGCCGGCAAACGUAGGCGACGUCUCUUAGACGACGAACGCCGGGAAGAAGACCUCCGACGCCGAACCCUUCCGUACCGACCCGGCCCUGCGCGAAACGACGACGACGAAACAAUACUGAGAGAAACGCAAGCGGCCCUAAAAACACUGUCCGGCAGCUGGUCCAGAGAACAACCCCAAAACUACAGCGGCGACGAAAACGACGACGCUAACGGCUUCGAAAACCUCUUCGAAGAAAAACAAUCCCAUAAAAUGCUUCCGUCUUCCCCCUCCCCGUCUUCCGACAGCGCAGAUGACUCGCAAAAGAGCUUCUCGCAGCACCACAGAAAAGAAGAACAAAGUAGAAACGGUUCCAUUGAAAAUGAAGUACAAAUAAAGAAAGUCGCACGUUUAGACCGCGACAAAAGUGACGAUGAGUAUGAAAAACACGGAAAAUAUUCCAAUCACUACGAUGCGCCAAAUUUUGAUGAGCUAGUGGAUUCGUCUUCCAAUGAACUUGAGAUAGAUAUGUCUGACCGGAAUGACGACAAAUAUGAUGACAGAGAAACUAAGCCGAAGCGUAAAAGUGAGACGAUGUCGGUCAAUAAGCAGUCUUUAUACAACGCUUACAAAGCUGCGACAGCAGCGUUGCCGUAUUCGACGCAGUCCGCGUUCAAGCCACCCGCAGAGGUGAAGCAUCGGCUACACGGAGCGACAUUUCCCAGCGAGCCCUUCGGAGGUUAUUCUAACGAGCAUGAUAAGAGCUCCGUGGGGAAGGCCUCCAAGCAGUACACAGUGUUGCAACCUGCGGGCGCGGGGUCCCGUGCAGCAACAGCUCUACAAGAGGCACGGACGGUUCCCUCUGCCACACCGACGCGCGACUCCAGGCCGCUCGCCGCGCUCUCCCCGCCGGUCAACAGAGAAGGCAACAAGUGUCCCACACCCGGCUGCAAUGGGCAGGGCCACGUCACCGGUCUCUACACACACCACAGGAGUCUGUCAGGAUGUCCAAGAAAGGAUAAAGUUACACCGGAGAUAUUGGCGUUGCACGAGACGAUAUUGAAGUGCCCCACGCCGGGGUGCAACGGGCGCGGCCACGUCAGCUCGAACCGGAGUACUCACCGCUCGCUGUCAGGCUGUCCAACCGCUGCUGCAAGGAAGGCCGCUGCGAGAUCCCAGCGCGCUAGACUCACUGGUCUCCCCGCAGUGCCAGCGCCAGCACCAAUAACGAUUACCAUAGAGAGCACGCCGACCCGGGAGCGCUCGGAAGCGGCGUCGCCGCGCAGCCCCGCCGUGAAGCGCGAGCCCGAGCUGAUCGUGCCCAAGCGCGAGGCCGCCGAGCCCGAGCGCGACUCCCCCGGCAUGGAGACGCGCCACGCCGGGUACGGCGCGCCGCCUGACCAGAGGUCGCCGUAUGAGCGGCCGCCGGACGACCACGUCCGGUCCUAUAGCCAAAUGAACGAAGCGCGGUACGGUUACGAAUCGCGGUGUUACGAUGGAGUCCCCGCGUUCGAGCGGUACGACCCCGCGCAGUGUCCCCAACGGCCCUACGGCUGGGAGGAGGAACGCUACCACGACCCCCACCUCCCCACACCCAUGAAGACUGACCAGUCCGAGCAGGAAACCAACUCCGGACCCAUCUACCCCAGACCAAUGUACCACUACGAAGCGAGUAGCGGAGUGGGGGGCGUCGGGGCGGUCGCGAUGGGGCCGGGAGUGCCGCCGGGCUUCUCGGCGAUCAACCUGUCGGUGAAGAUCGCGGCGGCGCAAGCUCAGCGGCCGCGCAGUCCAAGCCAGCGCGACCCGCGAGAUCCUCGACCGGCCAUAGAUCUUUCUACGUCUAGCGGUAGUCCACAGGGUCCGUACGCGUCGCCCGUGUACACGAGCGCAGGCGGCGCCCGCGGCAGCCCGCAGCCGGGCGCCUCGCCGCAGCUGACCGCGAGCCCCCAGGUCCCGAGCCCCCAGGGGCAAACCCUCGACCUUAGUGUGUCACGUUUACCACAUAGUCGCAGCUUCCCCGGUGGCGUGUCGUACAGCAGGGAAUCCACGCCCGACAGCGGAGGCAGCCAUCCGUAUCUAGAAGCCUACCAUAGAGACGCAGCCGGUUACGGCGGCGUCAGUCCCCACCCAGUGGCCGGCUACGGCCUCGGGCAGCCCGACUACGCGGCGGCGGCGGCGGCGGCCGGCUACGGCGGCUACCAGUACCAGUGCGGCGCGUACCCCCCGCCGCCCGCGUACCCGCCGCACGCGCCGCCCUACUCGCCGCCCUGCUACAUGCCCCCGCCGCACGCGCCGCACGAUAAGCCUAAGGAUAGCAGUCUUUAUAUGUGCAGCCUAUCGGGGUGUCCGCGCGCCGACCGCUCCCAGCUGCAACCUCACUCGCAGGAGCUCAAAUGUCCCACGCCCGGCUGCGAUGGCUCCGGUCACGUCACCGGGAACUACUCGUCACACCGCUCGCUGUCGGGCUGCCCGAGGGCCAACAAGCCCAAGAGCAAGCCCAGGGACGGACAGGACUCCGAACCACUCAGAUGCCCUAUACCGGGCUGUGAUGGAUCUGGACACGCUACAGGGAAAUUCUUAUCGCAUCGAAGUGCGUCGGGCUGCCCGAUCGCGAACCGCAACAAGAUGCGAGUGCUAGAAAGCGGAGGAACCGUAGAACAACACAAAGCGGCCGUGGCGGCCGCGGCAUCGGCCAUCAAGUUCGAUGGCGUCAACUGCCCGACUCCCGGUUGCGACGGAUCGGGGCAUAUCAACGGGUCGUUUUUGACGCAUCGCUCGCUGUCGGGGUGCCCUGUCGCGGGCGCCGUUACCCCUACACCACAACCAAAGAAACCAAAGUACCCUGAUGACAUCACGCCGCUGUAUCCAAAACCAUAUUCAGGAAUGGAGAUGAACAUGCAGACGGGGAACGGUGAGGAUCUGAUGACCCUUGAGCAAGAGAUUACGGAACUGCAGCGAGAGAAUGCGCGAGUAGAGUCGCAGAUGAUGCGUCUCAAGUCUGAUAUUAACGCUAUGGAGACACAUCUCAGCCACGGAGAACGGGAGAGCCAGUUGAUAUCACAACGGAACAAUAACCUCACAGACUACUACGAGAGUCUGCGCAACAACGUGAUCACGCUGCUGGGGCACGUGAAGCUGCCGGGCGGCGAGGCGGCGCCGGCGGCGGCGACGGGCGGGCCGCCGCCGCCGCCCGACAAGCCCGCACACGACAACUUCGACUCCUACCUCACCAAACUGCAGACUCUCUGCUCGCCCGACGGCUACUGCCCCGACGAGAACCGCCCUAUCUACGAGACCGUCAAAAAUGCGCUUCAGGACUUCACCGUGCUCCCGACGCCCAUUUAAGGUUCACAGAGCGCCGCCGACUCCGAGCGCCAGUGAGCCAGCGAGCGCUUAAUACGACUGAACUGACUUAGUGCAAUUGAACUAAUGUGCGAUUAAUGUUGUGAUCGGAGCUACGCGCCAAAGAUCGACAGUGUUCGAAUUAAAUCGCUAGAUUAAGUGACGAUUCGUGACCGAAUUGAACUGUGUACAGUGUCGCUCACGCGAGGAAUUUCUCGGAUGUGUUCCGCUUAGGUAACUACGAUGUCUGUUCGUUUUGUAAACCGUUGUAUACGAUACGAUGACUUCUCGGUGACUUCAUCUCGAAGAUUCGCUCUAACUUAAUGAUAAGAUGGACUUAAACAUAAGCUUACAUACAUAAAUGAAUUUUAACCACCGUUACUCGUAUAUGCGUAAAAUUAAUGUAAUUGUUAGGGAAGAAAUUUAUACUAUUGUAUGUAAGCGAUUUUAGCCCCACAAACACAUAACGAUUUCAAUAAUGUAAAUAUUGUACUUUCAACAAAGAUUGAUUCGUCUAUGGAUACAGGCUGCCGUCAGCAGCCAGGGUUUAGUGAAAAUUAUAAAUAAGCAGACUCAGAUUUUUAUCAUAAACCUAGUAGGUGGUAAGGACAAGUGUUAAUAUUUGUUUAAGUUCUCACCCUGGGAUGUGCCAAAUGCUUCAGCCGCGGAGCGCCCGCCCGGAAACCUAUCGAACGAAAUAAUUAUUCCUUUAAGGACCUUCUAGUCACUUUUUGUAAAUAACAUUGUGAAUAUGUAGUUGUUACGUCGCCAGACGUUUACACUAGGACGUAAGAUCUCAUUAGAUCAGGUAAGUUAAUUCAGUCAUUAAUUGAUAAUUUUAGGACUAAAUUAAUACUUUCUUUGUUAGCCAAUGUUCACUUCACUGUGAUUAUGUUACGUGUUACGACUUAUUUGUUGUUAUCGACCUUACGGAAUGUGAUAGCUUGUUCGACUCCAGUUAGUUAAUUUGCGAUGUACGUUUAUUUGUGCUUACCAUGUGUGCAAUCAUUGUUUUACAAUUGUAGGUAGGUGACGUCGUUUACACAAUUAUGUUUAUGAUGCGGAUUUCUUGUUUGUUGUUCUUUAUUUCACGCAACCACAUUGGUACACUGAAAUCGAUACUACCUACUUAUAUUCGCAUUUAAAUACUAAAACCUAUUACUAUGUUACUACUCUGAUUGUCAUAUACGUUUCUGUAAUAUAUUGAGUAUGUGUUGUUAAAGAGAAUAAAAAUAAUAAAUACCUACCAAGAUUA